CGUAUCCAUGUUUACGUUGAGCGAUGUAUUUCAUUCGUUCGUGGUUUUUCAAACGUUCGUAGUAAAAGUGGUUUUGUGCGGCAACAAUUCAUAACGAACAGUGAAUUGAAUAGUUUUACUUGUAAAUUAAGUUCUAGACGGAUAAAUCAUUAAACAAAAAUGGAUCAGUAUCCGACAGAGGAGGAGGAAUAUGAGCUGAUGUACGGCGAUGAACUGGAGGCGAUGGAAGAUAUGGAUAUUGAGAUGACAUUGGCCGUACCUGGUUCCUCAAAGACAACCACGAAAUCAUCCGAGCCGCCGCGAGCAUCAACCUCUAUGUCUCACCACACCAAUCAUCCGCUUGAUAGUCCUCACUUUUCGCAAAUUGACGGAGAGAGUCCACUGCGAAGUCCUGCACUUUCCCUGAUACCUCGACACAGUUCCACCAUCCAGAAGCGACUUUUCGGGACUCCCGGUCCCGGGAGGAAUGACGAGAAUCUGAGACGCACCUCAUCUACCCCAUUUCCGGGGCCGUCGUCGUCGUCUGCUGGAGCUGAUCCACUGGCGGAGAUUCAAAAUUUGGGUCUCAAGGCGCAAAAGCGACGGCUAGAUGCGUUAUUUGGUGAUAUUCAGGACAUAGAGGACGAUGUGAGCGAAAUCGAUUGCUACCGGCAGACGAAGAAAGCGAAAACUGAGGAUGAAUUGGACAGGGAACUGAUCGAAAGAAUCCUCGAUGCGAGGAAGCGUUUCCAGGCUGUGAUUCAUCCUACCAAGUCCAAUGAUCUAGCUCGGGCUGAAGCGUUGCAUCGGUUUAAAAUGCAAAAUCUGUCCUAUUCACUACCGAAAUGGCCAUUUGUCACAGUUGUGCGAAACGACAUGGAGAGGGUAUACGUGCGAUUCCACUCGGAGGAAUUCGAAACGAGUGCGAUCAGCGAAAUCAACUGUUUCAAGGAUGGCUACAAUGGAUUACUGGGUGAUGCUAAGGAGAAAAUAUGGAGGGAAGCCAACGAGAUUGUAAACAAACGCAUCGACACAUCGAAGCGCGCAAUCGAACCGGAUCCUGAGGCACCGGUAGUUGUGGCCGGUGGAGAAGGAAGUGACUUGUGGGUCGAAAAAUAUCGUCCCCAUCGUUACAUUGAUUUGCUUUCCGAUGAAACCACAAACCGUAGUCUGCUCCAGUGGCUUACACUCUGGGACAAGAUAGUUUUUGGACGUGAGCCGAAGCAGAAGAAGGAUACGAAGCAGCUGAGCAGCUUCAAUAAGAAAACCGGACGCUUCGAAACGAAUGGUGGUUGGAAGCGAAAAGGACGAGGACCGACAUUGAACACGGAUUUGGAUGAAAAUGGCUGUCCGGUACAAAAAAUAGCCCUUCUUUGUGGGCCGCCUGGGUUGGGUAAAACUACAUUGGCGCACACCAUUGCCCGACACGCUGGCUAUGUGGUUCGCGAGGUUAAUGCUUCCGAUGACAGAAGUCCGGAAGCGUUCCGUAUUGCGCUUGAAAGUGGUACUCAGAUGAGAUCCGUACUGAAUGCGGAUGGGCGGCCGAAUUGUAUCGUGCUGGACGAAAUCGAUGGUGCUCCUGCACCAACAGUAGAUUUUUUGCUUCGCUUUAUCUCUGGGAAUGUAGCACAGAAAGGGUCAUCAAAAGGGAAAGGCGGAAAAGACAAUAAAUUCAUCCUGAGGCGACCCAUCAUUUGCAUUUGCAAUGAUAUGUAUGUUCCAGCUCUGAGGCAGCUGAGACAGGUUGCCUUCGUUGUUAAUUUCCCACCCACAGAAUCGUCGAGAUUGGCUGAAAGGUUACUCUUGAUUUCGAAACAGGAGAAGGUCCACACAGAUUUGACAUCAAUGCUGGCAUUGGCCGAAAAAUCUGGAAAUGAUGUGAGGUCCUGCCUCUCGAUGCUACAAUUCCACAGUUCGACAAAGAAACGUUUGCAACUUACCGACGUAUUGAAGUGUAAUGUGGGACAAAAAGAUCGACACCGGGGAUUGUUCGAAAUAUGGUCUGCGAUUUUUCAGAUCCAACGUCCACGGAAAACAUUGACAGCGGACGACAAUACUGGCGGCGAUGUUAUGGUAACACUCACGGACAUGUCUCCGGCUACCCGAAUGCUAAACAUACUGGACAUAAUCCAUACGGCCGGAGACCACGAACGCCUGAUGCAGGGAGUGUUUGAGAAUUAUCUGCACCAGAAAAUGCCCGAUCCCAACAUGACCGGUGCGGCGGAAGCUGGCGAAUGGUUUUGCUUCAACGAUCGCGUCCAACAAAUGAUCCAUCAUCAACAAAACUAUUCCAUCUAUCCGUACCUGGCGUUCGGAUUCAUCUCAUGGCAUUUCCUGUUUGCUGGACUAGCGUGGCCGAAAAUAAAUUUUGGUAACCAGGGAUUCAAGAACUCUCAAAAGUUGGCAACAUGUAAGCUGAUACUUACCGGCUUGCGGAAGGGACUCUCGGCGCAGCUGAAAGGAAUUGGCGAAGGCCCAACAGUGCUUCUGGAUACGGUUCCGCUGCUGAAGCACGUGAUUAGUCCUUCGUUGCGAUCGGUCUCGCUGCAGCUGCUGACAUCCAAGGAGAAAUCGGAUCUUACCCAUACCGUUGAAGUGAUGGCGGAUUUUGGAUUGAAUUAUAUUCAGUUGAAGUCCGCUGAGGGAACCUACCAAUAUCAGCUUGAUCCAGAUAUUGAACAACUAGGUCACUUUCAGGAUGUAUCAACGCAAAGCCUCAGCUAUUUCGGAAAACAGAUUGUUGCGAGAGAAGUGGAGCUUGAGCGGAUGAGGCGAGCUCAGCCGAAAGCGUCCACCACUACGAGCAUGAACGGAAAUGCCAAGACCGCCGGGAAUAAGCGAGAUGCUAGUGGAUCCAGUAGGCAGAAGGAAGCAGCGAAAACACCGGGAUUGCCGAAUCAUUUGCAAACCUUGAAACCGAAACAAGUCGCUCAAAAAAUUAAACAAGUGGUAUGCAAGGAUUUCUUUGGACGCAUUACAACGAAGGAAACCACAUUGUCAGUUCAGGAAGGCGGAACGGACACGAUUGUUAAAAGCCCUAUCUGGUAUCGAUACAAAGAGGGAUUCAACAAUGCAGUGCGGAAGGAUGUUACUUUACACGAUUUGAUGUAGAUGGGAUGUCGAUACGGUGAAUAAA